CUGGAAAGUCCCGCAAUCUCUGCCGAUUUUCCUCAUCAAUUGGCUCGAACAAGAGGCUUGGGAAGGCACUCGGCAUUCGCUCUUCGCUUCUCAAUCGCUGCGAUCGUCGCCACCGCGGCUCGUCCAACACAAAACCAUUCUCAAGCAAAAUUCGCAAAAGCCAAGGUUGAAAAUGGAGAUCGGAAGUUGGAUUUGGAUUUUCGCCGUCUGCACUUUUUCUGCUUCUGCCCAGACUUGGGAGGAAAGUAUGCAGAAAAUUUACUCGACCGACUGCUGGAAUUACGGAAAAAAUCGAUCAAUUUUUGAAGCUCCAGGCGUUCAAAAUUUCAAUGACUGCGGCCGAUGGAACCGAAGGGGAACCGCCCCGUGGGUUGUUUACCUAGAAAAGGAUUAUGGCGAUAAGGUUGAAGGUGUUCUUGUAUCAGACACAACAAUCAUCUCUUACAGUUGGCUCUUUUUAUACGACGCGUAUAAAGAAGGGAAAGAAAUUAAAAUUUAUGCAGGCAAAUGUGAAGACGAAAAUGAUGGACAAAAAUGCUACUGGAAAAUAGGUUUAUUGCAGAAUAAAAAGUUGUUGAACGUAAAGAAGGUGGAAUUGAAGCACGGCAGAUUUUUUUCCGAGACGAUCUAUGUUUGGCAAAUUGAAAAAUUGGAUUUGACACCGAAUCUGCAGCCUGCCUGUUUGUGGAAUUGGGACAACAGGAAUGACCAACACGAACAUUUUUAUAGUUACGGUCGUUGGCCUGAUGGAAGGCAAAAAGUAGAUUUCCUGCCGGAGCAAAGGUGUUAUAGUGAGGAUCAGAUUGAAAAAAGGGAAUGCGACCUCUACGGGAAUACAAUCUGCACAUUGCCAAUAGACGUUUCAGAACGGUCUCACUGUUUGUUUAUUGAGCGAGAAGAACGAUUUUAUCUACGCGCAGUGGGGUUUGAUUAUUCAAGUAGCGCUGUAAGUUGGUUGGAUUUGUUGCCAUUCUUGAAUGAAAUCACUUCAGCGUCCGUCGAUUUGGCUUCAAUGCCAAAAAUCCCCAAGACAAAAUCCAAAAAAGAUUUUGGCCCAAACCAGAGUUUUGCAAACUGCGGACGACGAUCGGGCGAACGUCAACGAAAAAGAGAAGCCGGAAAGGCCCUUCCGUUGGUCACCAAUGGCAGGAACGCGGUCAGAGGUCAACACCCUUGGCACGCGAGUCUUUCCAUGGAAACGGACACAGGGCGUGAGGCAGAUUCUUGCGGCGCGACCCUCAUUUCAAAAAAGGUCCUCGUCACAGCGGCGCAUUGUCUCUUUGACGAGGAUGGAAGUUCUUUGAACGCGAGUCACGUGGACGUGACCCUCGGAAUGCACAAUCGAUCGAAUUUGCAAGAGAAGCGACAGAAGUUUACAGCUGCAAGUCUGGUGAUUCAUCCUGGCUACAACCACAGCACGUGGGAAUUCAAGGAUGACAUUGCCCUAGUCAUCUUGGCAGAAGAGGUCAAUUUCAAUGAUUUUGUGCGGCCCAUUUGUCUCUGGAACGACGACUACGAUUUGAACAAAAUCGCAAAAAAAUCCGUCAUGGUGGUCGGCUGGGGAUACACCCUGGACCACGAACAGUCUGAAAUCCUUCAAAAGGCGAAACUGAAAGUCGUUUCUUAUGAGGAUUGUUUCAAGAGCAAUAGCAUGUUCUUUUCCAAAUUUUUGCGACCGACGGAGAACUUUUGCGCCGGAAUUCCUAAAGCGCAGACGGGUGUGUGCUUGGGAGACAGUGGGGGAGGAUUGACCUUUUACGACCGUGGGGUCAGCAGACGGCACGUUUUGCGCGGCGUCGUGAGCAUGGGUUUGAUGAGGAAAUUUAGCGAGGAUUUCCGAACCUGCAACCCCAAGUUCUACGCCCUCUACACCGACGUCACCAAUUACAUGGACUGGAUCGUCCAAAAUUCCCCGGACAUAAAUGUUUAGAUUUUUUUAAAUACAAAUGUCAUUAUUGCAGUUAGUAAUUUCAUUGCCGGGAAAUAUUUCUUUUUAAACGAAUUAUUAAAUUUUGGUCCAAAUUGACUUAAAAAAUCUCCCCAAAUGUUUGAUGCGAAAAUACUAUGUAAAAGGAUUUUCAUUAAUUAUCAAUAAAUUACAUUUUUUGUAAAUCGGUCAUCAGUGUAUACUGAGAAAUUUCCUUG